AAGAUCAAAAGCCCUCAGUGGCAACAAUGAAGGGGAGAUUUGUGUGGUUGUGUUUCCUUACUUUGUCUGCCAGUGUCAUUAAUAUCACCGCCAGGCAGGUUCACAACCAUGUCAGCAGCAUCUGCAGCACUUGGGGAAGAGAGCACUUCAAGACAUUUGAUGGUGAUGUGUACCAGUUCCCUGGUAUGUGUGAAUACAACCUGGCCUCAGACUGCCACGAGUCCUACCAUGAGUUCUCAGUACACAUGAAGAGGGAAGAGAAUGAUGGAAAUCCUACAGUCAGUUAUGUGGUGGUCACCAUCAAUGACCUUUUAUUCCACCUCACUAAGAGCCAGGUCACUGUGAACAGCGUGCCUGUCAAAAUGCCCUACAACGAGGCAGGGGUACAAGUGGAAAACAUUGCGGUUUACAUCAAGCUCCAAUCCAAAGUUGGCAUCACUGUCAUGUGGAAUGGUGAUGAUGCAGUCAUGGUGGAACUCGAUCAUGACUAUGUCAAUCGUACCUGUGGACUAUGUGGAGACUUCAAUGGUGUUUCUGUCUUCAAUGAGUUCAUUCUUAAUGGUCGCAAAAUGAGUCCCAUUGAGUUUGGCAACAAUCAGAAAGUCCAUCAUCCAGAUGACGAUUGUGAAGACCCUUAUGAAAAGGAAAAUGAGCCAAAGGAGACUUUUACUGUGCCAGUUUCAUGCAAGGAGUUUCAAACCACCUGUGAACGAAUGCUUCGUUCAGAGUCCUGGAGCUCCUGCACCAAACUGAUUAACCCUGAACCUUACAUAGAGGCCUGUGUGCAGGACAUGUGUGGCUGCAACAACAGUACAAAUAACUUCUGCAUCUGCAGCACACUUUCGGAGUUGUCUCGGCAGUGUUCCCAUGCAGGAGGGCAGCCUCCCAACUGGAGAACACCUCAGUUCUGUGCUAAACAGUGCCCAUUCAACAUGGUUUAUGAAGAGAGUGGUUCCCCUUGUAUGGUUACAUGCACACAUCUGGAAUCAAGUUCACUGUGUGAGGACCACAAAAUGGACGGCUGCUUCUGUCCUAAUGGAACUGUGUUUGAUGAUAUUUCCAUGAGAGGGUGCAUUGCUCAAUCUGAAUGUCGGUGCAAGCACGACAAAAUCUAUAACCCUGGUGAGGUUUAUCAACAGGUCGGGAAAAAUUGUACAUGUUUUGAGGGUAGAUGGGCUUGUGAGAGCCUUCAGACUCCUGCUACAUGUGCAGUUGAAGAGGGUUCACAUGUAACUACAUUUGAUGGGAAAACUUACACUUUCCAUGGAGACUGUUUCUACACCCUAGCCAAGGUGGAAAGCAAGGAUGAUGCAAGUCCAAAUUUUACCAUCCGGGCCCAGUUGGUGCCAUGUAGACACCUAGAGUCUGACACUUGUCUUAAGAACCUUAAAUUCCUGCUGAACAAUGACAGAAACAACGUAUUAACGUUCACUUCCGAUGGUACAGUAAAGCAGAAUAUGCAGACUAUCACUUUGCCACACCACUCAGGUGACAUCAACAUAUUCCACGCUUCAUCCUUUCACAUCUUGCUCCAGACCAGCUUUGGGUUGCAAAUUCAGGUCCAGCAUGUGCCUGUCAUGCAAGUCUAUGUCAGCCUGGAACCAGGCUACAGAGCAAAGACACGCGGUUUAUGUGGGAACUACAACAUGGUCCUGUCUGAUGACAUGAAGACUCCACAGGGGAUUGUGGAGGGAACAGCAGCAACAUUUAGUAACUCCUGGAAGGCUAACUUCAUGUGCCGAGACAGAGAGGAAAGACUUGAUGACCCCUGUGCCCUCAGUGUGGAAAAUGAGAAUUACGCCAAACACUGGUGCGCCUUGCUGCUAAGUCCAAACAGUACCUUUGCACAGUGCCAUUCAGUGAUGGAUCCUGAGAUGUACUACAAGCGAUGUAUUUACGCUAGCUGUAACUGUGAGAAGAGUGAGGCCUGCCUCUGUGCUGUCUUCUCCUCCUAUGCCAGAGCUUGUGCAUCAAAGGGAGUGUUCCUGACAGACUGGAGACAGAAUGUUUGCGAUAAAUACACAAGGAGCUGUCCAGCAUCUCAGAUCUUCUCUUACAAAAAUCAGAGAUGCCAGAUGACUUGCAGAUCGUUGGGCGAAAAGCAACAAAGCUGCACUUCUGACUUCUUGCCUGUGGAUGGCUGCUCCUGCCCUGAGGGUCUCUACCUAAAUGAAGACGACUUGUGCGUCCCCAUGGCAAAAUGCCCCUGCUACCAUAAUGAAGUCUACAUCCAGGCAGGAAAGUCCAUCAGCAUGAAAGAUGACCAAUGUAUGUGCACCAAUGGAAUACUUCAUUGCCAUUCUCUAAGAGUCCGUUCAGCAACAUGCCCUUUCCCAAAAGUAUUCUUCAAUUGCUCCACUGCGGGUGCAGGAGAGCUUGGACUGCAAUGUGCUCAAACUUGUUUAAAUCUGGACAACAAUGAUUGUGACUCCCCAGAGUGUGCAUCUGGCUGUCAGUGUCCAGGUGGCCUUAUUGAUGAUGGAAAAGGCUCCUGUGUAAAAGUUCAUGAAUGUCCAUGUCAGCAUGAUGGGCAUCUUUAUGCCCCUGGAACACAAAUCCGUAACCAGUGCAACAGCUGUACCUGCAAAAGUGGAAACUGGGAGUGCACAGAGAAAAGAUGUCCGGGAACUUGCAUUAUUUAUGGGAGUGGUCACUACAAUACAUUUGAUCAGCGAUCAUAUGGGUUUCAAGGACAUUGUGACUCUGUUGCUGUUAAGAACAACUGUGGCAAUAAAACAGUGCAAGGCAAGUUUGGUGUUAUCACAGAAAAUGUACCAUGUGGAACUACAGGCACCACAUGCUCUAAAACUGUUAGAAUCCAACUGGGGCGAAUGGAAGUCAAACUAUCAAAGGGUCACUAUAAGGAAGAGGACCUUGGAGAUGGCCCUCAGAUUCAGUACAAAAUAAGGAGGGUUGGGUUGUAUCUGGUUAUAGAAUCUGCCAUUGGUCUGACAGUGAUGUGGGAUCGCAAAACAACUGUUCACAUCCUCCUUGAACCACAGCACAAAGGAGAGGUAUGUGGCCUGUGUGGAGAUUUUGAUGGUGAUGGACAGAAUGACUUCACCACCCAGGGUCGGCUGGCAGUGAGCAAUCUGUUAGAGUUUGCAAACAGCUGGAAAGUGUCAAGCAGCUGCCCAGAUGUUGAAAUGAAUGUUGACCCUUGUGGAGCAAGACCCACUAGACAUCACUGGGCAAAAAUGAUGUGCAACAUUAUAAUUGCAAAGGAUGGUACUUUCAAAGACUGCCACAAUAAGGUAGAUCCCCAUCGAUUUUAUGAAAACUGUGUGACAGACUCAUGUGCCUGCGACUCUGGAGGAGACUGUGAGUGUUUCUGCACAGCAGUUGCAUCUUAUGCUCAAGCUUGUAAUGAGGCCAGUGUCUGUGUUGCAUGGAGAACUCCAGAAAUCUGUCCUGUCUUUUGUGACUACUACAACAGCCGAAAUGAAUGCAAGUGGCACUACAACCCUUGCCACACACCUUGUUACAAGACUUGCUUCAAUCCACAAGGAAAUUGUAGCAACUCUUUACCCCACCUGGAAGGCUGUUACCCUGUAUGCCCAGAAGACAAGCCCAUAUUUGAUGAGGAGAACCAGAUAUGCGUGUUCCGAUGUAAAGGUUGCUUUUACUAUGGAACUAGAUAUGAGGAAGGUCAAGUUAUUUACAAUGUGACUGACCAUUCAGGAAUGUGCAACAUUGCAAAGUGCAUACAUGAAACAGUGAUAUUUGAAAAUGAUAUAUGCGGCAAUGUCCCACCCACACGCCCUCUUAUUGACAGCACUACAACUACUGAAACUACUACAACUGAAGCACCAACUAGUACAACAAGGUCUACAAAACCUACUGAACCUACUACUACACCAACCACAGAAUCUAAAACAACAGCCACUGAACCUCUGACUACAACUGGAGCGCCAACUAGUACCACAAGGUCUACAACACCACUACCUACACCCGCUACUUCAACUGAACCAACCACUACAAUAUCUACAAAACCACCAACUAAACCUACCACUACAACUGAAGCACCAACUACAACCACGGAAUCAAUAACACCACCAAGUACACCUUCUACUACAACUGAAGCAACAACUACAUCUACAACACCACCAACUGGACCUACUACGACAACUGAAGUGCAAACUAAGACCACAAGGUCUACAACACCUACUGAACCUACUACUACACCAACCACAGAAUCCACAACAACACCAACUGAACCUACAACUACUACUGAAGCGCCAACUACAACCACAAUGUCUACAACACCAUCAACUGAACCUACUACUACACCAACCACAGAAUCCACAACAACACCAACUGAACCUACAACUACAACCACAAGGUCUACAACACCUACUGAACCUACUACAACUGAAAGGCCAACUACAACGACAAGGUCUACAACACCACCUCCUGAACCUACUACUACACCAACCACAGAAUCUAAAACAACACAAACUGAACCUACGACUACAACUGAAGCGCCAACUAGUACCACAAGGUCUACAACACCACCUCCUGAACCUACUACAACUGAAGUACCAACUACAACCACAGAAUCUACAACAACACCAAUCACAAUAACUACAACUCUCUCAACAACUACUCCUGCUCCCUGUAAUACUAAAAUGAAUAGAUGUAAGUGGUCAGAGUGGUAUGAUGUGUAUGAUCCAGAAACUGACCACAGUGACUUGGAAACAUAUGAGAACAUCAAAAAAAGUGGUAAACUGGUAUGUGACAAUCCAAGCGACAUUGAAUGUAGAUUGACCAAUGACCCUACAAUGAACUUCAAUGACUUUGUGAAUAAAACCGGACAAAAUGUUACUUGUGAUGUGAAAAAUGGUUUAACAUGCAAAAAAAGGGACCAGAAAAAGCCUCCACGGAAGUGCUUUAACUAUAGCAUCAGAGUACAAUGUUGUGAAAUGGUAUAUGUACAUGUACCAUGUCCCACAACUACAACUGAAGCGACAACUACAACAUCACCAAGUGAACCUACAACUACUACUGAAGCGCCAACUACAACCACAAUGUCUACAACACCAUCAACUGAACCUACUACUACACCAACCACAGAAUCCACAACAACACCAACUGAACCUACAACUACCACUGAAGCGCCAACUACAACCACAAUGUCUACAACACCACCUACUGAACCUACAACUACAACCACAAGGUCUACAACACCAACUGAACCUACUACAACUGGAGUACCAACUACAACCACAGAAUCUACAACACCACCAACUGAACCUACUACUACAACAACACCUAGUGAACCUACGACUACAGCAACAACAGAAUCUACAACAACACCAACUGAAUCUACGACUACAACUGAAGCAACAACUACAACCACAAGGUCUACAAUACCACCUACUGAAUCCACUACUACAACUGAAUCACCAACUACAACCACAGAAUUUAAAACAACACCAACUGAACCUACGACUACAACUGAAGCGCCAACUAGUACCACAAGGUCUACAACAACACCUACUGAACCUACUACAACUGAGGUACCAACUACAACCACAGAAUCUACAACAACACCAAUCACAAUAACUACAACUCUCUCAACAACUACUCCUGCUCCCUGUAAUACUAAAAUGAAUAGAUGUAAGUGGUCAGAGUGGUAUGAUGUGUAUGAUCCAGAAACUGACCACAGUGACUUGGAAACAUAUGAGAACAUCAAAAAAAGCGGUAAACUGGUAUGUGACAAUCCGAGCGACAUUGAAUGUAGAUUGACCAAUGACCCUACAAUGAACUUCAAUGACUUUGUGAAUAAAACCGGACAAAAUGUUACUUGUGAUGUGAAAAAUGGUUUAACAUGCAAAAAAAAGGACCAGAAAAAGCCUCCACGGAAGUGCUUUAACUAUAGCAUCAGAGUACAAUCGACAACUACAACACCACCAACUGAACCUACUACUACAACACCACCAACUGAACCUACUACUACAACUGAAGUGCCAUCUACAGCUACAACGUCUACGACACCACCCACCGCCUCAACUGAAGUACCAACUACAACCACAAGGUCGACAACACCACCUACUACUACAACUGAAAGGCCAACCACAGGAUCUACAACUGUGCAAACUGUACCUAAAACUACCCCAACCAGCAGAUCAACGUCACCUACUACUAAGACAAUCACAUCUACAAUAAGUAAAUCUGUAUCCACUCCAAAUUCUAUUCCUUAUUGCCGUCCCUGGAAUAAAAUGCAAAAUGAGACAUUUCAUCUUUACGACUGCAUCAUGGCCAGAUGCAUUGGGAACAACAGGAUUGACACAUUUUCUCUUAAAUGUCCACCCAUGGAAAAGAUCACUUGUGCCAAUGGAAAUGAACCAGUUCUUGUGUACGAUGAGUACCACUGCUGCCAACAUUACGCUUGUGACUGUGUUUGUGAAGGCUGGGGAGAUCCUCAUUACAUCACAUUUGAUGGACUUUUCUACUCUUAUCAAGGAAACUGUACUUAUGUCUUGAUGGAAGAGAUUUCACCAAAAUAUAACUUGAAGAUUUAUAUUGACAAUGUCUUUUGUGCUCUCACUGACAAUGUUUCUUGUCCACGAUCUAUAAUUGUAUUUUAUGGAUCACAUUUUUUCAAACUGAAGAAUCAUAACGUCAUUGGAAAACCAAAUUUGGAGGUGCUCAAAGAUGAAACACCUCUGAAACUACCUUAUUCACAACAAGGUGUCGAAGUCUCAAAUUCUAUCAUUAACCUAGUGUUGGAGAUCCCUGACAUAAAAGUGGUCAUUCUUUUUGGAAUAACUGGCUUUAGUGUCUCCCUGCCCUUUCAAUUCUUUGGCAGAAACACACAGGGACAUUGUGGAACAUGCAAUAACAACCAGGCUGAUGACUGCAUGUUACCUGGAGGCAGGCUAGUGGAAAGUUGUGCCGUGAUGGCCGACUACUGGGUUGCAAUAAACAUUUCUCACCCCAGCUGUCCACCUGUACUGCCAUCUCCUACAUCCAGUCCAUGCCCGAGCAAUCCAAACUCUAUGUGUGAACUGCUGAAGAGCAGUGUCUUUGCAGAGUGCCAUCGCUUUGUCUCUCCUGGCAAUUUCUACCAAGGCUGUGUUUUUGAUAGCUGCCAUGUUUCCAACCCAAAUGUGGAGUGCUCAAGUUUGCAGACUUAUGCUGCUGCCUGUGCUCAGGCUGGGGUUUGCAUUCAUUGGAGGAAUCACACCACACAAUGUGCCAUUGCCUGCCCAUCAAGCAAAGUUUACAAGCCAUGUGGUCCUGCAGAACAGCCAACCUGUGAAGACAAUCCUGACAAACUCACCAAGAACUUCACUACUGAGGGCUGCUUUUGUCCUGAUGAAAUGAAACUCUUCAGCAAAUACUCUGACAAAUGUGUUGAAAUUUGUGGAUGUCUUGAUCCUGAGGGCAUUCCUCGUAAGUUUAACGAGAUGUUUGUCUACAAAAGCCUAAACUGCAUCUGUGAGGAGUCCACCAAGACUGUGUCUUGCAAGCCUAAGGUGUGCCCACCACCACCUCUAAUAAACUGCACUGGUCCAGGGUUCGGUAUUGUCCAACAACCGGAUCCCAUAGACCCCUGCUGUUCUACAUAUGUUUGCCAAUGUCAAUCCAACACUUGCCCAGUCACAAGAAUGAACUGUCCGGUUGGAUUUACUUUAGUUGUCAGUGUUCCUGAAGGGAAAUGCUGUCCAGAACAUACAUGUGAGCCUAAAAGAGUUUGUGUUCACGAAGAAAGUGAAUACCAGCCUGGUUCUUCGGUUCCUGGACCUACAUGUCAGAGUUGCAACUGUACGAAUGUGGUGGACCCAAGUUCUAAUCUAUUCAAAAUAGUUUGUGAGUUUCAGCAAUGUGAAAAAAAUUGUGAAAAGGGAUAUGAAUAUGUGCGAACUGUUUCGGACAAAUGCUGUGGAAAGUGUGUACAGACACAGUGUGUUGUCAACAUUAAUGGUACCAAGCAACUCUUGAUGCAAGGACAAACCUGGUCACCACCUGAGAAUAAGUGUGAGCACUACACGUGUGAUAAAAGUGGUGAGACUUUAACAACAACCAGAUCACACAUUGUCUGCCCGCCAUUCAAGCAAAGUGACUGCCAACCUGACACAAUUCAGACUGCAGCAAAUGGCUGUUGUAAAAUUUGUGUGGAGAAGGAGAAGGCCUGCAAAUUACAAUCCAUGGAAACUCAGAUUAUGUUCGGGAACUGUCAGUCAUACCAGGAAGUAAAUAUGACCUAUUGUGAAGGAUCCUGCACCACUUUCACCAAAUACUCUGAAAAAGCAUCAACUCUGCAGCAUUCUUGCUCCUGCUGUAAGGAAACAAGCUUCAGCAAUCGCACUAUUGACUUGCACUGCCUGAAUGGAGAUGUGGUUACCUACACAUACAUCCAUGUGGAGGGUUGUAGCUGUAGCUCCACAGACUGCACCACAGCUGCUGGACAACCUGCUCGCAGGAGGCGACGCUUCAUACUGAUUUAAUAAAAAUAUGUCAUCACAUAAAUGUAUCCAUGACGUAAAAGUUUAAUCGUAUAUUAUCUUCACAAUCAUUAAUCUCUUUCAAAAUAAAUGUAAUUGUAGAGAGAGUAUUAUAUCCAUUGAUCAAGUAAAAAGAUGCAACGUUUCUUAUGUCUCAUUUUUUCUAUUGUCUUGUUUGUGC